AUUUCAAUAUUCCAAAUCCAACCGAACCCCGUUUUCCUUCGUCGUCAAUAAAUCUCUGUUUUCGUCAUUUCAGUGAAAAAAGAAAAAAAAAAAAGGAUCAGAUCUCAUCACUCUCUCUCUUCGAUUCCAAUCUUCUCUCGACUGUCUUCCUCCAAGGUUCCUCCAUCACUUUAUGCUUCACAAGCGAGCUAGUGAAGCAUCUGUUGCUAGCGAGAUCGUCAGUUCCGAUUCAGCAUCGCCGAUUAAGAGACGCCGCAUCGAGAUCACUGAUUCCGCGUCUGAGAACUCUUCGAUUGUAGCUUCUGGUGGUGGUAGUAGUAGCAGCGGCGGUAGCGUCGUACAGCAACGCGACAUGGCUUUUGGUAAUUCGAAUCGUCAGGAGAUUGAUGAAGAUCUGCACAGCAGGCAGCUCGCCGUGUACGGGCGUGAGACGAUGAGGCGUCUCUUUGCGUCUAACGUUCUCAUCUCCGGGAUGCACGGCCUUGGCGCCGAGAUUGCCAAGAAUCUGAUUCUUGCUGGUGUGAAGUCUGUGACACUGCAUGAUGAAAGAGUUGUAGAGCUAUGGGACUUAUCUAGCAACUUUGUUUUCUCUGAGGAUGAUGUUGGCAAGAAUAGGGCGGAUGCUUCUGUUCACAAGUUGCAGGAUCUUAACAAUGCUGUGGUCGUCUCUAGCUUGACCACAAGCUUAACCAAAGAGCAUCUUUCUGGUUUCCAGGUUGUUGUUUUCUCUGACAUAAGCUUGGAAAAAGCAAUUGAGUUUAAUGACUAUUGCCACACCCACCAGCCUCCUAUCGCCUUUGUCAAGGCUGAUGUCAGGGGUCUUUUUGGCUCUGUCUUCUGUGAUUUUGGGCCUGAAUUUGAAGUUCUCGAUGUUGAUGGAGAGGAACCACACACUGGCAUCAUUGCCUCUAUCUCUAAUGAGAAGCAGGCUUUUAUCUCCUGUGUCGACGAUGAGAGACUUGAAUUUCAAGAUGGUGACCUUGUCGUUUUCUCUGAAGUUGAGGGUAUGACCGAACUGAAUGAUGGGAAGCCAAGGAAGAUAAAAAGUGCACGGCCAUAUUCAUUCACCCUUGAAGAGGACACGACAGGCUAUGGAACAUAUGUGAAGGGUGGUAUUGUCACUCAGGUGAAACAACCAAAGUUACUGAAUUUCAAGCCGUUGAGGGAAGCUCUUAGUGAUCCAGGGGAUUUUCUGUUUAGUGAUUUCUCUAAGUUUGAUCGGCCUCCACUCCUUCACUUAGCAUUCCAAGCACUUGAUCGGUUUACAUCCGGAGCUGGCAGAUUUCCUGUUGCUGGCUCGGAAGAGGACGCUCAGAAGCUUAUAUCUAUUGCCACAGCCAUCAAUACGGGGCAGGGUGAUUUGAAGGUGGAUAAUCUCGACCAUAAGCUUCUAAGACACUUUGCCUUUGGAGCCAAGGCUGUCCUGAAUCCCAUGGCUGCAAUGUUUGGCGGUAUUGUUGGACAGGAAGUUGUUAAAGCUUGCUCUGGAAAAUUCCAUCCCCUCUUUCAGUUUUUCUACUUCGAUUCAGUGGAGUCACUCCCCUCUGAACCUCUGGAUUCUAGUGACGUUGCACCAAGGAACAGCAGGUACGAUGCCCAAAUAUCUGUAUUUGGGGCCAAGUUCCAGCAGAAACUCGAAGAUGCUAAAGUUUUCACAGUAGGGUCUGGUGCACUUGGUUGUGAGUUCUUGAAAAAUAUGGCUCUGAUGGGAGUUUCUUGUGGAGACCAAGGAAAGCUAACAGUGACUGAUGAUGAUAUAAUCGAGAAGAGUAACCUCAGCCGUCAAUUUCUGUUCCGUGACUGGAACAUUGGACAAGCUAAAUCAACGGUUGCUGCUUCCGCUGCUGCAGCUAUAAACCCCAAGUUCAACAUUGAGGCUCUGCAAAACCGUGUUGGCGCUGAGACAGAGAAUGUAUUUGACGAUGCCUUCUGGGAGAACUUGACUGUUGUCGUCAAUGCACUGGAUAAUGUCAACGCGAGGCUCUAUGUUGAUUCUAGGUGCUUGUAUUUCCAGAAGCCUCUCCUCGAGUCUGGGACUCUUGGUGCUAAGUGCAACACACAAAUGGUUAUUCCACAUCUAACUGAAAAUUACGGUGCGUCAAGGGAUCCACCAGAGAAACAGGCCCCCAUGUGUACAGUGCACUCGUUUCCACAUAACAUUGAUCACUGUUUAACUUGGGCUCGCUCUGAGUUCGAGGGUCUGCUUGAGAAGACUCCCGCUGAAGUAAAUGCUUAUCUCUCUAGCCCGGUCGAGUACACUAACUCAAUGAUGAGUGCUGGCGAUGCUCAGGCGAGGGACACAUUGGAGAGGAUUGUUGAGUGUCUUGACAAGGAGAAGUGUGAGAACUUCCAUGACUGUUUAACCUGGGCUCGACUCAGGUUUGAGGAUUACUUUGUUAACCGUGUCAAGCAAUUGAUAUACACAUUUCCUGAAGAUGCUGCGACAAGUACUGGAGCUCCAUUCUGGUCUGCUCCAAAAAGGUUCCCACGUCCGCUCCAGUACUCCUCUUCUGACCCAAGCCUCCUCAAUUUCAUCACAGCGACUGCUAUUUUAAGAGCAGAGACAUUUGGGAUCCCUGUGCCUGAGUGGACCAAAGACCCAAAGGCAGCAGCUGAAGCUAUUGACAAUGUGAUAGUACCAGACUUUGAGCCAAGAACAGAUGCAAAGAUUGUGACAGAUGAGAAAGCCACUACUUUAACCACUGCUUCGGUGGACGACGCUGCAGUCAUCAACGACCUCAUUGCUAAGCUCGAGAAGUGUAGGCAUAACUUGUCUCCAGAUUUCAGGAUGAAACCAAUUCAAUUCGAAAAGGAUGAUGAUACAAACUAUCACAUGGAUGUGAUAGCGGGUCUAGCCAACAUGAGGGCGAGGAACUACAGCAUACCUGAAGUCGACAAGCUGAAAGCAAAGUUCAUUGCAGGGAGAAUCAUCCCAGCGAUUGCGACCUCAACAGCCAUGGCCACUGGUCUGGUCUGCCUCGAGCUUUACAAGGUCCUUGAUGGAGGACACAAAGUGGAAGCCUACAGGAACACAUUUGCCAACCUGGCGCUUCCACUCUUCUCCAUGGCUGAACCGGUUCCGCCAAAGGUGGUGAAGCACCGCGACAUGGCUUGGACCGUUUGGGACAGAUGGGUUCUAAAAGGAAACCCAACUCUGCGUGAGGUGUUGCAGUGGCUGGAGGACAAAGGUCUUAACGCAUACAGCAUCUCUUGUGGGAGCUGUCUCCUAUUUAACAGUAUGUUCCCGAGGCACAAGGAGAGGAUGGACAAGAAAGUGGUGGAUCUAGCUCGGGAUAUCGCUAAAGUGGAGUUGCCUCCUUACCGUCGCCAUCUUGAUGUAGUGGUGGCUUGCGAGGAUGAAGAUGACAAUGACGUCGAUAUUCCUCUCGUCUCCAUCUAUUUCAGGUGAGAAUUUACCAAAUAAACCAAAAAGAAAAGAGAAGAAGAUAAAACUCUUUUGAAAAAAAAGACAAAUGUGGAUUCUGUUUCUUUAAAAUGUUUUUCAUGUACUAUUCGCUGGUGUGGGUAAAUCUGAACAUGUGUCUUUUUUAUCCGAACAUGUGUCUUAUCAAAACUUGAGUUUUCGUU